CUUUUCCCACGAGAUAGCAUUGAGCCAUUCUCAUUUUCUCUCUAUCGAUACGGCAUAGCUCUCUCUCCAAAGCCUGGCAUUUUGCAUUCUACUUAAAGCCUACUCUAUCCUAUUUAUAUCUCCUGACGGGCUUCAUCUAACGGCUUUGUUUGUUGGGGAACUUGAGAGGACAGAACAUGCAUGCUGUGGGUUUAUUAGACCAACAACAACUUCAUCUGCAUCUACAUCUCGCAGCAACACCACCACCAUGGGCGCCGUCGCAACCAUCGCCCUCGUCGUGCUGGGCAUUGCCUUUAUGAUCUUCGUGGCCUUUUUCGGCCGCCUACCCGCACUCAGACGUACCCCCAUCGCCUGGCUGCACCGCUUCAUAUGGGUGCACGUGCCGGCCGGCGUGCUGGCGCUGGACCAGCGCGUCAGCUCGGGGCGCGUGACGUCGUCGUGUGCGCGGUUCGGCACGUACAUCAUGUACGACAAGCACCCGCUGGUGCUGAUCUUCUACUUCCUGCUCCUCUCCGUCGGCGAGAUACUCUACCUACCCACAGCGUGGCCGCAGCUGGGGGCGGUGCACCGCGCCGCCGGCACCGUGGCGAUGGCGCUGCCGUACGUGUUCCUGUACCUGGCGGCGUUCAGCGACCCGGGGACGGUAACCUCGGAAAAUCACGGCGCCGAGAUGUCGCGGUAUCCGUACGACUUCGCGCUGUUCCACCCGGGGGCGGUCUGCGCGACGUGCCGCCGCCUCAAGCCCGCGCGCAGCAAGCACUGCAGCGUGUGCCGGCGGUGCGUGGCGCGCGCGGACCACCACUGCAUUUUUAUUAACAACUGCGUCGGCGCGCGCAACACGCACUGGUUCGUACUGCUGCUGGCCAGCACGGGUGCGCUGACGCUGUACGGCGGCGUGCUGGGCUUGUCGCUGAUGGCGGCCAAGACGACGGCGCGGUACCCGGCGUGGCGGCUGGCGCCGUGGCGGUCUGGCGCGGGCAUGGACUUUGCCGACUGGCUGGUGUGCUGGGGGUGGGGUCUGCAGGACGGCGUGGCGAUGGGCGCGGUGACGCUGCUGGCGCUGCUGACGAGCCCGCUGGUGUGGGGGCUGCUGGGGUACCACGUGUGGCUGGUGUACUGCGGGACGACGACCAACGAGUCGAUGAAGUGGAGCGACUGGCAGGCCGAGAUGGACGAGGGCUUCGCGUUCAAGCGGGCGAUGGCGCCGGCGGGGCAGCGCGCCAAGGACCUGCGCGUCGAGCCGGCGUGGACGCGGUGGCCGGCCGAGGCCGAGCAGAUCCUGGUGCGCACCGAGAGCGGGCAGCCGCCGCGUCACCCGGCGGGCGGCCAGGACCCGCUACCGGGUGUCGGCGAGUGGGAGCCCGUGUGGCGACUCAAGGACGUCGAGAACCUGUAUGACAUUGGCUUCUGGGACAACAUGGUCGACGUGUUUUUCCCCAACUUUUCGUUCCGCGACAUCCAUGAGCCUGUGGCUGAGGACAACGCGCGGAGGAGGGUAAGGAAGAACAAGGGGACAAUGGGGGACGAGCCCGAGCCUCUGCGAAACUAUUAGACUAUCCAACAAUGAUUCUAGCUGCGGCGUUGAAUACCAUCUUCAAUAAUGUCUCAAUCACCUCUACCGAUGCCCUGUGGGCGGCCACGCAAGUGAUCUUUCACGGCAGGGUAUCAAG